AUGUCGCCGUCCAUCACUCAUCCAUCAAGCCCGCAAAGCGCCGAUGUCGCCGAGAUUCCCGUCAUCGACCUGUCUAGUCUUCGAAGUCCGAUUCUCGAGGAUCGCCAGAAGCUUGCAGGACAGGUCUAUGAUGCCUGUACUAAUGUCGGAUUCUUCUACAUUAAGGUCUAG